GACUAUAACGAGGACAUGUUAUAGAGGAUUGCUGGAUAAGUUUGAAAAAAUGCGUGUGAAUUGCUUUUGCAAUUUGAGUGAGGUUGGUAAGCGAAUCAAGGAAAAGUUGAAUGAAGAAGAAAUAACACUUUUUAGAAGUUCAGUUUUAGGCUGGAUUCUAGAUAUAGAACAUAUGCCACGAUUAAGUGGGCAACUCAACAUUUGUUUCGUAGCAAACUAUAUUGAGGAGUUCAAUGGUAACGUUGAAAAGGAUGUUAUAAGAUUCCAUGUAGCCAAUAGUCUGAUAAGCUUUACAAAAGCAGAUUUGGCAAUAGUCACCGGUUUGAAGAUAAAUGGGGUGAAACCGGCAGUAUCUGAUAACGUGGGUGGGGAUAUGUGCAGAAGGUAUUUUGGUACCAAAGAAGUAAUAGUGAGGCAGGAUAUUGUUCAAGCUUUGGAGAGGUACAACAGAAACAAUCCAGGAACAGAAGAGAAUGAUGGUCUUAAACUAGGACUACUCUAUGCUUUAGCACAUGGAUUGUUUGGAAACCAAUACGCGAUUCGCUUGCCAGGGAAAUAUAUUAACUUGGUACAAGACUUAGAUGCAUUCAAUUCUUACCCUUGGGGUGAUGAUGUCUGGGAUGAUCUAGUCGCAAAUAUGAAGAACAACGCAGAAGCACUCAAGUUCUGCACACGUAAAAGAGUGGCGUUCACAGUUGUAUGCAAGCAAUACAAAUCUGGGCCUUCGAGACCUUUCCAAUAUUGGCUAAUGAAAGGCUAUGCUAUGUUAUAAAAGACAAAGAAAAUGUCAUUCCUAGGACAUUGAAGUGGGCUUUUCACAAGAAACCAUCAAUACAAAAAUUUUGUGAACUCAUUUUCAGUAAUGACAAGUUUGAGUGGACAAAAAUAGUUCCAAGUGCAGAUGAGAUCCAAAGAAUCCAAGGACUUGUAGGAGGGGAAAGCAAUGAAGCAAAGGACCUGAGAAUUGAUGCAACCAUAAAGAACACAAAGCAGAGCAAAAAGGAUGCAAGAGGAAAAAAAGGAAAAGAAAUACAGAGAGCAAAUUCAGGAGGAAACAAUAAAAGAAAAAAGGCAGGACAGAAAGAAAAAG